GAGAAAAUUUUGAAACAUCAACCACUAAAACAUACAUACAUAUAUAUAGUAGAAUACAAUUAGUUUCUUCCCUCAACAUAAAGGCAUAUUCUUAGUUACCCAUUUACAAUAUCCCUUUCCCUUUGCCUUUUCCAUCCCACCUUUAUUCUUUGCUUCCUCCCUCCUCCAUAGCCAAUGGCUCACAAUAUAAGCUUGAAGAAAAAGAAAAGGCAGAUUGAUUUAAUUUAUUUGUUGAGCAGAAGAAGAAGAAGAAGAAGGAUUAUUGAAGUUGAAGGGAUCUCCAUUAAUGGAGGCAGAAGGAGGAUUUGUUGUACAUGAACCUCCAAAUGCUAAGUUUGAGUUCACUCCCACAUGGAUUGUUGCUGUUGUUUGCUCCAUCAUUGUUCUCAUUUCCUUCUGCGCUGAACGUGGCCUUCAUCACCUUGGAAAGUGGUUACAGCGUAAAGGACAGGAUGCACUCUAUGAUGCCUUGCAGAAACUAAAAGAAGAGUUGAUGAUUUUAGGGUUCAUCUCCCUGUUAUUGACUGUGUCUCAAGGUGCAAUUGGCCAUUUCUGUAUGCCCCCAGAUUUUGCAAACUAUAUGCUUCCAUGCAAGAGGAAUGCAUCAGUUGUUCAUCAUUUCUCAUCUUCUCCUACUUUCAUCGGUGAUAAUAAUAUCGGGCGUCGUCUAUUAUCGACGCAAACAAAUGUUCAACAUUGCUCACGAAAAGGAAAGGUUCCUCUGUUGUCGUUGGAAGCUCUGCAUCAGCUGCAUAUUUUCAUAUUUGUGUUGGCUGUUGUUCAUGUUAUCUUUUGUGCUACUACCAUGCUUCUUGCUGCAGCAAAGAUACGACUAUGGAAGAGUUGGGAGGAUUCUAUUCCGGAGAGAGGAGUUCAAAUUUCACGAUCUGGAAAGGCUUCUCAAGAUGCCGAGUUUGUUGAACGUGCCCAAGGAUUUUGGAGAAAAGCUGCUGUCAUUGGUUGGGUGGUAGCAUUUGUGAAGCAGUUUCAUGGAUCAAUCACAAAGUCCGAUUACAUCUCUCUUCGACGUGGCUUUAUCGAGGAACAUUGCCCUAGAAGUCCUAAUUUUGAUUUCUAUGGUUACGUGACACGUACACUCGAAAAUGAUUUCAAGAAAGUUGUAGGCAUAAGUUGGUAUCUUUGGGUAUUUGUUGUGCUCUUUUUGCUGCUUAAUCUUGAAGGAUGGCACACUUAUUUUUGGUUGUCAUUUCUACCACUAAUUCUGCUGCUUCUAGUGGGGGCAAAGUUGGAAUUCAUAAUAACCCGUAUGGCUCAAGAAUUAAACUUGAGAAUAGAAGACAAGGAAGAACAAAAAGAACAAGAACAAAAACAAGAACAUCAACGUACAAAUCAAACAGUACAACAUAAGAAGAAGAAACAUUUUGGCCAUGAAGUGAAGCCCUCAGAUGAACACUUUUGGUUUGCUCGUCCUUCUCUUGUUCUUCUCUUGAUUCACUUCAUUCUCUUUCAAAACUCCUUCGAGAUCGCCUUCUUCUUCUGGAUUUGGACAACUUAUGGAUUUAAGUCUUGCAUUAUGGAGAAAGCUGUGUUCGUCAUCACCAGACUCUUCUUAGGUGCACUUGUCCAAGUGCUUUGCAGUUACAGCACAUUGCCAUUGUAUACUUUAGUCACUCAGAUGGGAAGCACAUUCAAAAAGGGUAUGUUUGGUAAAACAAUAGAGGAACUUCUAAUUUCAUGGGCCAAAGAGACAAGGCGCAAGAGAGAAGCAGCUGAAAAAUCUGAGCAAUCUCAGAGAUCAACACACCAUGACAUUGCUUCUACUUCUCAACCAUCAUCUCAAGUUGUUCAAAUUCCCCCAAUCCAUCACCCAUCAUCUUCUUCAAUUUAAUUUAACUCCUUUUAGUUAAUCAAUGACAACACUUGUUGAUUUCUCUCGAGUAUAUUGAAUUCUAUAGGUGUAAUUUAAAGAUACAACGAUAAUUUUACUUUUGAAUUUAACAUAUGAGGUGGAGGUUCAAACUUCUGCCUUUUGAUCCAAUAUGUAUGUCAUAACCAAUUGAGCUAUG